UGCAAAAUGAUUUUAAUGAUUUCAACGAAUUAUCUGAAUCUACAAGAUCUCCGGCAAGUGAAUCUUAUGACCUUAGAAAUCUUAUGGUUAAUAGUCCCUGGAGGAUCUCACAAACAGACAUGACUCAAGCUGAUAAUUCUGCAUAUUAA